UGGUCUGGAUGAUCCACCAGAGACCUGCUCCCUGUGUGCCCUCACCUGUGCAGGUGAAAGGGAAGCUGCUCAUGAGGGGAGGCUGCUGAAAAACGAGUCUGUCCCAGCAGCAUCAACAGCCUGGGAACGUGUGCAAGACAGCACAUGGGCCUGGUACAGAGGUAAAACUUGGGCUGGGAAAACUAAAACAACUGUGUGACAACGAGAUGGAGGUUUACAGUGCACAGGCACCACACUGAUCUCCAGGCAGGAGACUCCACCUGCCACCUGAGCAGGGACAGGUGGCCCAGGUGACAUCUUUAUUGCCUUUCAGGGUGCUGAUGUGCACGGGUGUUGCAAGGAAGUUCAUAGGAAAACUUCCCAUGUGUGGUGGGUGUGCAUGGGGACAUGGCAAACAGCAGGAGCUGUGGUUUAAAAGAUGCAAGGGAAGAACGUGGUGCUGGCAUGUGUCACAGCCUUGCCACCGCACAGGGAGGUGACACGUGGCUGCAGAGCAGUGACUCUCUGCUGGUUCCCAGGCAGGAGCUCUGUAGGGAGGUCUCUGUGCCAGGGGGAACUGCAACUCUCAGCUCAGGGACCCAGACCUGGCAGACCCGAGGAUUCCUGGAAGCUCCCUCAAAGGGCAAUAAAGGAGUGAAAAUCCAGCUGCACAUCCAUUCGUGCCCGGCAAAAGCGUUCAUGGAAAUACACAUUGCGCUGAUCCCUGUCGGCCUCCUGCUUGUCUCCCUGUGCUGUCACCGCAGCAUUCCAUCCUCUCCGGAGUCUUCCCACUGUGCUUCACAGCCCUCCCUCUCCACGGGGAAACAGCUCCAAGCCUCCCUGGCACAGGCAAUGUGAGGAGGGAGCAGCCGCCGGGUGUCACCUUUGGAGCGGCUGGCCGGGAGCCCUGCCCCGCCUCGGCACGGCGUCACCAGCUCUCCUUCCUCCGCGCUCUGGAGUUCCUGUUUCCCCGGCACAGGCAGGAUGGCAUCACCCAUCUCGCACAAGCUGGAGGAGAAGCUGGUGUGCUCCAUCUGCCUGGAGCUGUUCAGGGUGCCCGUGACCUUGCCCUGCGGCCACAACUUCUGCAAGCGCUGCAUCAGCGACCACUGGGACAAGCAGAGGCAGGCGGCCGCCGGGACCCAGCCGAACUACACCUGCCCCGAGUGCCGCAGGGGCUUCGAGCGGUGCCCGGAGCUGGAGAAGAAUGUCACCCUGUACAACGUGGUGGAGCUGGCCCAGGACAGAGAGGCUCAGGGCUCGGCCGCGGGCCGGUGCGAGGGGGUCCCCGCCGAGCUGUGCCGGCAGCACGGGCGGCCGCUGGAGCUGUACUGCGAGGACGAGCGGCGCUGCAUCUGCUGCAUCUGCACCGUCCGCGACUGCCAGCGGCACCGCAGGGUGCUCUUCGAGGAGGAACGAGCCAAAAAGCAGAUCUUUUUGAAAGAAUCUCUGGAAAAAGCUCAGGAGGAAUUGGAGAGGACUGAGCUGGCAAUGAAGGAGCUGGAGUUGAAAACACAGAGCAUCAAGGACUGCUCUGAGGAGUUCAAGGCUGGGAUUCAGAGCAAAUUCACCCACCUGAAGAAAGCUCUGGAGGAUUUCCAGUGUCAGACAGUGGCCAGGAUUGAGCAAGAGCACAGUGUGGCACUGGAGUGUGUGGACAAGAACUGGAACCUGUGCAAGGACCGCCUGGAUGUCCUUGGCCAGCACAGGGAGAGGGCUCAGAGCCUGCUGGCCUGCCCUGACCACAGGACCUUCCUGCAGGAGUUCCCCCUGCUCCCACCUCUGGAGAGCCCAGAGGCGCUGGUGCCCGUGGAGUUUAAUGUGGCUGCUGUGAUCAAACCCAUCUCUGAGAUCCUCACCAGCAUCUCCAGGCUCCUGCUGGAGGACCUGCCUGGCUCUGUGGCCCCCAAAGCCCCAGACUCCACUGGCCAAGGCCCAGUGCAUCCCCAGGAGCUGGCAGUGAAGGCUGUGGCCCCUCUCCCCAGCUGCCAGCUCCGAGCUGAGCUUCUGAAGGACCAUCGCAACCUGACCUUCGAUCCCGAGACAGCCAACAAGUACCUGGAGCUGUCGAAAGGUGCCCGGAAAGCCAAGCACGGUCCCAGCCCCAUCCAUGGGCAGGAGCAGGGCCCCCGCUUCGAGCCCUGGCAGGUGCUGUGCACGCAGAGCUACGGCCCCGGCCACCACUACUGGGAGGUGAGGAUCUCCAGCCACUCUGUCGUGCUGGGGGUCACCUACCGGGGGCUCCCCCGGGAGCAGCAGCAGGGCUGCAGGUUCAACAUCGGGCUGGACGGGGGCUCGUGGGGGCUACAGGUGAGGGAGGAUUGUUACCUGGCCUGGCACAAGGGCCAGGCCAAGAAAAUCCAGGAGAAACUCUAUAAGAACCUGGGGGUCAGCCUGGAUUAUGGCAAGGGGCUCCUCUCCUUCUACGGCCUCGGGGAGAGGACAAAGCUCAUCCACUCCUUCCACAGUGUCUUCACGGAGCCCCUGUACCCCGUGUUUUGGCUGUGUGAGGGGCGAAUGGUGACGCUGUGCCAGAGGGACUGAGCCAGAGCCACCACACUGAGCCAGGCUGGCAAGUCCCAGGCUGGUGCCACAGUGGAGCUGCAGCUGAGGCUGUCAUGGUACAGUGGACCUCAGUGCUGAGGCAGGUGUGGAGUGCAGUGUUUUAACAAGAGCUUGAUGAGGACAGACAUGUAAAUUAACCUGUUUGAUCUGCAUAUGCAAAUAUUACACUGGUAACAUGGCAGGGCUGGAGCUCACUGUGGGUGCCUGUCCCUGCAGACAGAGCAAGGGAAGAGGGGAUAAAGAAGGUGAAAAAAUUAUAUUUUCCUAUUUCUUCUAUCCCUGCCAAACUUCCCAAACUAGGGGAAGGUUUGGGAUGAGGGGGACCCCAGAGGGAGGUGCUGCUGCCACAGGGUGCUCUGAAACAAUUCAGAGGGACCUCUGUGCUCACACAGCCUCAUAUGCAGGCAGGUCCUGCUUCCCCCAGCCCCUUCUUGGUUACCUCUUGUUGUUCUCAGGCCUGGCAGAGCAGCUUCUCAGGGUUCUAUGCUGCAGCUCUUUGUGCAAUGCUACUUUACCCAAUA